AUGAAAGUUUUUGUAGAGCAUAUUUGUUUAUCGCGGUACAUAUCAGCAGUUUCCAUUAAAAGAAGCCCAUUUCAUAGGUGCGGUUCGUGCUCUUCACUCGGAGAUUGCGCAUUCGCAGAAGGAGAUGGUGAGUACNCAUGUGUUUGUGCACCCAUAAUCAGAAUGUGCGUACGUAUUGAAGAACCGCUCCAUCCGAAUGAUACUAUCGUAGUCCAAAAUGUGACUGCAGCUGAUAGUGGAGGUUUACAACUUGAGGGUCGCAUUAUCAAAAUUUGGGAAAUUUCGACCACAACUGAACCGCCCCCUUUGGUCAGAGAGCAGCAGCAAAAAGAAAAAGCUUUCGGAUUCCAAGCUCAUUUAAGUGGAAUUAGUGCUACUCCAGAUACACUGCAUGAUAAAAUUUGGCCAGCAUGCUGCAAGGAAGCUAUAAGAGAAGAGCACAUGCGAAUGCUCCAACUAGUAGCGUUCGGAAUUUGGAUCAAUCUCCCACCGAGCUAUAGUCCCCCUGAUUUUUCGUCAUAUAUUGAUCCAUCAUUUGGCAACUGUUUCACAUUCAAUUACAAUUCCACCGAGAAUAUGACCAGUGAACGUGCAGGACCAGCGUAUGGCCUUCGUUUUCAGGUCUUUGUUAACGUCUCUGAUUACUUACCAACUACCGAGGCUGCUGGUGUGCGUUUAACCGUACACAGCCCUGAUGAACAACCAUUUCCAGAUACGCAUGGUCACAGUGCACCGACCGGAUUUGUCUCUUCUUUUGGUAUUCGUCUUAAACGAAUGGAGCGAUUAUCAUAUCCUUACGGUGACUGUGUGAAAGAUGGAAAGACUGAAGAUUUUAUAUAUAAAGAUAAAAAUUAUACAACUGAGAUGAAAUAUUUGUUCAUAUUUCGUGGGUUUCAGGGAUGUCAGAGAAGUUGCAUUCAAAAAUACUUAGUUUCGAAGUGUGGAUGUGGGGACCCUCGUUUUCCGCAAUUUCGCAGUAUUAAGAAUUGUCCAGUCGACAACCCGGACCUAAGAGAUUGUUUGCACAAAGAAAUCACUUAUGCCGCCCGUUUUAUUGACCAGAUUGGGUGCGUCUGUCGGCAGCCUUGCAAACAAUUUGUGUAUAGUGUGUCGUAUUCGGCAUCAAGAUGGCCAGCCAGUACUGCCUCGCUAACAGAUUGUUUACCUGGGUUGACACCUAUGCAGUGCCUAAAAUUUUAUCGUGAACAAGGUGCACUUAUCGAAGUUUUCUUUGAGCAGCUCAACUAUGAAUCGUUACUCGAAGGAGAAGCUUAUGGACUACCAAAUUUGCUGUCGGAUUUCGGCGGUCAGUUGGGUCUUUGGAUGGGAGUUAGUGUUAUAACGAUCAUGGAGUUCGGCAUUCUAACAAUAGAUGUUAUAAUGACAAUCAUCUGCUGCAGAGGAAAGAACGACAAGAAGGAAUCGAAACGAACAUAUUCAUCUCGGAAUGGCUCACAAAAGCGUUACCGUGCCAAUGAUAAAGUGAGAGCCAAUUCAACUAAAAGGCUCACCUAUCAAUCAUAG